CAGGAUUCCCCACUAGAUAAACACGUUGAUAUGGUACAUUCUGCCACGUGAACUUCGCUUCAAACGCAUUGAUUGAAACUCGUGAACCCGAACACCAGGUCAGGCCAGGUUCACAGGUAUUGUGUCGCCGUUUAGCAAGUAAACAGAGAUGUGACGCAGUCCGCUGUACACUAUGGCUACAUGGCUGCAGAGGAAAUAAUUGAGAGGUUCCAUUUGGAUAUAUUGGGGGAAAGCUGCGAUCAGAGAACGUAAAAGGGACGACAACGAUGAAGGAAAAAAGCGAGGAACUGAAGAAAACGCCCUUGGACUCCGAAACUGGCGGCGGAGGGAGGGAAGAACUGGCGACAGCAGAUGUGAAGUUUGAAGACGAAGAAACUAAGAAGAAUUCGCCUGAGACGGCAGAAGGGUCUGACGAUGUUGAAGGUAGAGGCGGGAAGAAAGGGAAGCCGUGGAAAAAACGACCCUGGAAGCGGAAGAAGAGAGGAGAACAAGAGGCCGAAGUUCCGGAAGUCAUAAUGUUAACCCCGAAGCAGAAAGCACCGACAAUUGAAGACCUCCAGCGGGAGGUGGAGGAAGCGCAGGACAUCGUGCGGAACAACGUCGAGAAACUCGUGAACGAACGGGAACAGAGGCUGGGAGUCUUCUGGAAAAGGGAGAGAGACUAGAGGACGCAGCCGCCGACUUCGCGAAGGUGUCCAGGCGUGUGAGAAUCAAGCUGUGUCUGAGGGCACACAAGUGGAGAAUCGCCGCGGCAGUGGGGGUGAUACUAGCUGUUGUUGUUGUUGUGGUUGUCAUUGUUGUUGUACUGGAAAAUGAGGGAAUCAUCAAGAUCUAGCCUUAGCUUAAUACUUCCCCCGUCUCCUGUUUUGUAUUGUUUUUGUUUACUGUAUUGUGAUACUACUGUAUAUUUUAUUCACAGUCGGUAUCACACUAGUAGUGCAUUGUUGAUAUACAUAGUUAUGUGAGAAAAUUUGUGACAAACUCACUUGAUUCGCGGAAGGUACACCAGGAAAGGGUGUCCGAUGUCGACAGGCGUCAUUUUGAUAUUAAAGUGACUUCGUCU